AUGGCAAAAAGACCUUUAGGACUCGGCAAAGCAGCCAAAGCAAAAAAACAAAAGAAAUCUUCUACUGACCCUAGCACCACCACCACUAGCACCAUUGAUGAACAACCUGAAGCAUCAAAUGAACUCACAGUAGAAUUAUCAGAAGAAGUAGACCCCAAUGAUGAAUUCGCGCAAUUGAAAGCACUUCAUGCCACCUAUGCCAAAUCAGAUAAGGAUAAUCAAUUAGUAUUAAAUGGCAUCAUACAUGAAUGUGAUCGACUUUUAAGAAACACUAAAGAAGAUAUUUCCAAAAUUCCUGAUUAUUUUCAUGCGAUUUAUGCAAUAAGUUUGAGUGAAUUAGCUAGAUUUCAUACUGAUGAGAUUGAUAAGGUGAAGGAAUUCUUUGGGGCUGGGUUGGAAAGAGUUGAAUUAGGAUUGGAGAAGUAUAAGGAUUCAAUUGCGUUGGCAUUUGCAAAAGCGAGGAUAUUACUUAAUCGUUUACCUUUGGAGUUUGUUUCCCAAUUGGAAGUAGACUCCACUGGUGAAGGAUUGGAUAAAUUGUUAGAUGAAGCUUUGGAUGUUUAUGAACAGGGAGAACAAAAGGCUGAUGAAUUAAAGGAAUAUGAUUUAUUUAAUGAAGACAAUUUGGAUUUUUUGAGUGCGUUGGAUGAUUUCUUGGAUAUUGUUGAUAAUUUUGGAAAGGAUAUUAUGGAAGGAGAAGAUGAUGACGAUGAAGAUGAUGAGGAAGAUGAGGUUGAAUUAUCCCCUGAGCAUCCAUUGUAUAAUAUUCGUAAUGAAGACAAAUAUAAUCAAUGGUGGAGAGAUCAUACUGAAACUUAUUUGAAAAAUAUUGAUAAGCAAACAAAGAAAGAAGAAGUUGAAGUAUUAAGACGUGAAGUUUGUAAAAGAUUAGGACAAUCUUAUUUACAAGAAGCUGAAAUUCCAAGUUCAGUAUUUACGACAUUAACAUAUGAUGAAGGAUUUCAAGAUGAAGAAGAAUUACAUGGAUUAACAAAAGAUGAAGCAGGGAAGAUUUCCAAAGAAUUGAUCUCAAAAGCGUUAGAAUACCUCAAACAGGCUGAAGAUAAAGAAGAACCUCAAUCUUGGGUAGAUAUUGCUGAAGCCAUGAUUUCAUUGGGUAAUUUAUAUGAAUUGGAUAGUGAAGAACAAGAAAACUUAUACACUGAAGCUGAAAAGAUCUUAAACAAGGCAAACAAUAUUACCAAUGGAAAAUAUACCGAUGUCUUAGAGAAUUUAUUACAAUAA